UUGUCUCCUGUUUUGGGCUUUAGGCUAGUUAAUAUUUUGUGUGGGCCUCAUUAAAUUAGAAAGUCCACUGUGAAGUUCCGAUGAUAAAAGUCACAUUUACCCUUAUGAAUCCACGUCACUUUCUUCUGAAUCUAUUCGACUUCAUCUUCUCCGAUUUUAACCUUUUCAGGUUUCUUCCGACAAUUUCUCAAACAGACAGAACCAAAUCAAAAACCAUUAGGCCAUGCUCAGAUCCAGCCUCGCUUCGUUAAUCGUCGAUGUCACUUCACGGCGCACGUUACCUCCCCUCGCAUCCUUCUCUCACCCUGCGCAUAUUAGCCGUUCCUCACGCCGUGUUCUUCCUUCCCUGUACUCCUCCCACACACCUCUAAGGUUUCGGAUUCAGACAUGUAACCACCGCCACCUCUCCUCGUAUUCGUCUCCCUCUGAGAAACACGGACCAUCUUCGUCUACCCGAUCAAGCUUCGCGGGUCGAGAUGACGCAUUCACGGCGGCUCAGAACAGUUCCAACGGUCAUAACUCUUCUCCGCCGCAACCCUCUUCCAAAGUUCUUACAAUACCAACCAUAUUAACCAUUGCUCGUGUAGCUGCCGUACCACUUCUCGUCGCAACCUUUUACGCUGAUAGUUCGUGGGGAACGACCGCGACUACAAGCAUCUUCAUUGCAGCAGCCAUUACAGACUGGCUUGACGGCUAUCUUGCACGAAAGAUGAAGUUAGGUUCUGCGUUUGGUGCCUUUCUGGAUCCAGUUGCUGAUAAGCUUAUGGUUGCAGCUACUUUGAUCUUACUAUGUACAAAACCUAUGGAUGUUGGUGUAUUAGGACCUCUUCCAUGGUUAUUGACGGUGCCAUCUAUUGCAAUCAUUGGUAGAGAGAUUACAAUGUCUGCAGUAAGAGAAUGGGCUGCAUCUCAAAAUGGAAAGCUUUUAGAGGCUGUUGCUGUAAAUAACUUGGGCAAGUGGAAAACCGCUACGCAGAUGACAGCACUAACCAUACUUCUCGCAAGCCGGGAUAGCAAUGUUGGAUGGCUUGUAGCUUCUGGUGCUGGCUUGCUUUAUGUAUCAGCAGGACUAUCUGUUUGGUCUUUAGUCGUUUAUAUGAGGAAGAUAUGGAAAGUACUACUCAAGUAAUCAUUAUAUAUCUAUCGUUUUUGUUUUUUUGCUUUGACCUGCAUUUAUAACCUCAGGGGAAAUGCUUGAACAGCAAGUAGAAGAAAGUGUUGGUUGUCUGACAAUAUGUAGAUGGUUCUGCUUUUUCCCAACACAAUAUAAAGUAUGUUAUAGUCCUAACCAUGGUGUAUUGUAGAUUGGUUCCAGUAAACUUUUAGAUUAAUGCAUCUGUGUUCCUUAUGUU